AUGUCCUACGACCGGUACAACCUCAUCAUUGACCGGGGGGCCUGUGGGAAGAUGGUGGCCGCCUCCUGGCUGGGUGGUCCCGUGAACGCCUCCACGCACGCGGCCGCCACCUUCUCCGUUGGCUUCGGCGGGUCCAACGUGAUCCACCACUUCUUUUGUGAUGCUCCCCAGAUGAUGGAACCAGAUCAUGGCCCAAGUGGGAGCCUCCGGGAGCUCGGAGUCACAAUCUUCUCUGCCAUCCUGAACGUCUCGUGUCUCAUCUCCAUCGUCGUCUCGUACGUGCGCAUCUUCCGGGUCGUGCUGAGGAUGCCGUCGUCCGAGGGCCGGACCAAAGCCUUCUCCACCUGCUUGCCCCACCUCGCCGUGGUGAUUUUAUUCAUCUCCACGGGAACUGUCGUCCACCUCGAGCCGCCCUCAGACUCCUCCUCCACGCUGGACCUGCUAGUGUCCGUGUCCUAUGCCGUGGUGCCCCCCCACAGUUCUGUCAAUGUCAGGCGAAACAAGAGCCAAGGAGGGAAAGCGAGCCUGCAGCCAUAA